CAUCAGGCGUAAAUCAACGCUGUUCUUGCAUCGUCUGUGGUGAACGAAGCAGUCUGGGGACAAAGUGGACCGAGUAGGGGACACUGUGGCUGCCAGCCUGGACACACUGGAGGAAGUAUAACCUGAACAAAGUCUUGCAACUUGUGCAACAGAUCAUUUGUGAGUAAAAACUUUUGUUUGCCAAGACAGAGGAAGAAACGAGGGCUCACCACAGCCAUGGCCUCAGACGUCUUCCGCAGCUUCCCUUACCUUUGCACCAAGAUGAAACAGCAGGGCUCGAGCAGCAGCAGCAGCAGCAGCAGCAGCCUCCUCUGCCAGCAACAGACCAGAUCCACCUCCAGACCCCACCGGCCUCUCCUUCACCCCAGGACCCUGCUGCUCCUUCCCCUGCUCCUCCUGCUCUUUUUCUCCCUGUGGAGCCAGCAGGCCGAGGCCGUGGUCCACUCCAGCUUCAGACGGCUAAGUGGCCGUGAGAAGAAGGAGAUGCAGAAGGAGAUCCUGUCCAUCUUGGGUCUGCCGGGACGACCCAGACCGCACCCGCCACUACGACCGCCCUCCUCUGCCCCGCUCUUCAUGCUGGACCUCUACCACGCCAUGUCAGCUGAUGGGGAAGAUGAAGGGAAUGAAAUUAUCAUAAACGGACCUGGUAUGGGGAAGUUUGGACGGGCAGAGAGGUUGACUCAGGUCAACCACGCAGCCCUGCCGACCCUCAGCACGCACACACCGCCGCUGGGGACGGUGGUCAGCGAGGCCGACACCGUGAUGAGCUUCGUCAAUCUGGUGGAGCAGGAGCGUGACCUCCUGCAGCCCCGUCCAUACUGGAAGGAGUUCCGCUUCGACCUGACUCCCCUCCCUCAGGGUGAGACAGUGACAGCGGCAGAGUUUCGUAUCUAUAAGACCCUGACGCUGGGCCAGAGGGCAAACCGAACGCUGCACAUCUCCGUCUACGAGAUCCAGCGAGAGAACAGACACAGAGAGCCAGAGCUGGUGCUGCUGGACAUGCAGUCGGUGCCAGCAGGACAGGAGGGCUGGCUGGCCUUCGACGUCACCUCGGCCUCCAACCACUGGCUCCUCCACCCCCGCAGCAACCUGGGCAUACGUCUCUAUGUGGAGACUGAGGAGGACCGCUCCCUGUCUGCAGGCUGGAUUGGGUUGGUGGGUCGCAGGGGCCCUCGCUCGAAACAGCCUUUCAUGGUGACCUUCUUCAGGGAAAGCCAGGUCCCCUGUCGGCCGCCCCGAGCUGUCAAGCCUCACCCCCGCAAGAAGAAACCCAAAUACGACCUCCCAGUCCCCAGCAUCCAUAAUCGGAGUCCUGCCAACAACGGAGGUCAGCCCUGUAAAAAACACGAACUCUACGUAAGCUUCAGUGACCUGGGAUGGAAGGACUGGGUUUUGGCCCCCACUGGAUAUUCAGCCUACUACUGUGAUGGAGAGUGUUUUUAUCCUCUGGGCUCCUGCAUGAAUGCCACCAACCAUGCCCUCAUCCAGCAAGUGGUCCACCUCCUGAAGCCUGAUGAGGUUCCUAAGGCAUGUUGUGCCCCCACCAAGCUCAGCCCCAUCUCCGUCCUCUUCUACGACGACAACAACAACGUCAUCCUCAAAAAACAUCGUAACAUGGUGGUUAAGACCUGUGGCUGUCUAUGAUAACAGAAUCCAAAACUAAAAAUGUGCAUGGAUGAUUUUCUUUCCAGACAAGAACUCUGCAGAAAUCUUAAACAUUGGCAAACAGGUUGGAGAACAAAUGCACCAGAAAUAUAAUUUGGGCUUCUGUAGGAUCAGGGACUUAAAUAUCUUUAAAUCAAAUUUUCCAAAUUCAAAGGUUAAAAGGUCCAAAUUAGUAGUUUUACUUAAAGGCUUUAACGGUUUUUUAAACUGCAUUUUCAAGGCAGUGGGUAUUUGUUUAUAUUCACAAGGGUACAUGUUCAAACUGUCAGCUGGUUGAGCCUGUACCUUUGUCCAGAAAUGUACUCUCAUAACAUGAAAGAUCAGUCAGCUCCAUAAGGGACAAUAGUUAGGAGCGUAAGUUGAAUGACGUUAGAUCAUUUUCUUCUUGAGUGCACAGUACUUAAUUUUUCAAGAGCACAAAUGUUUAAUUUCAUGAACUCUUCUUACAAACUAGGAAAGCUAGGAACUUUUUUUUGCCUGUCUUAUCAGGAACAGACAGACAUCACCGAUGUAGUUUUUACAGACAGGUUUCAAUUAUGAAAAUGGCAAAUGAUAUUGGAUGGCAGAACAAGCCAUUAGUGAUGCCUGUUGUUUUUCAAGAAACAAAUUGACAGCACUACUGUUGUUGCAAUACAAAUCUAUAUGAAGAGACUAUAUUAAAU